AGUGUGACUGCAUGCUCACGUCUAUUCAUUCACACAUUUCAGAAGCAUAAAGCUCACCUGGUGAGCAGUGUUUGUUUUGUUUUUUAAGUACACCUAUCGGAUUCUACAGAGUUACCAUUUGGCGUCGGAUCUCAAGGGAAUCUAUCAAGCUUGGUUGAAUCCUUUCCUCCGGCUCUGCCCCCAGGCCAUGGUACAUCAGAGUGCAGCAGCUGCAGAAUAAGCAUCUCUCCGACCAUAUCCAUGGACAGCCAGCUGACCCCUUCCUGGAGCCCAGACUCCUACACUGAUGUGUCAAUGGUUAUGUCCGGUUACGCAAGUCGCCUGUGGCCUCACGAGCCUCCGCCUCAGUUCUGGAGUAAAUACCAGGUGUGGGAGUGGCUGCAGCAGACCCUAGACAUGCACCAGUUAGAUGCCUCCACCAUUCCUUUCCACAACUUCGACAUGGACGGCCAGCAGCUCUGCAGCCUGAGCUACCAAGACUUCCUGUACGCAGCGGGGAGCCUGGGACCCAUUCUGUUCCGCAGCAUCAGCGAGCUCAAGUGGAGUGGGCAGUACCACAUGGAACUAAGUCAAAUGGAAAUCAAACCACGAGAAUUUGAUUACUCCACUCUGUUCCCUGAUACCAGCUGUCCACCGGGAGAAAUCUGUGAUUCCGCUUUUCACCCCAUCACACCUGUUGCCUCUCCUGCGCCCACUAGUCCUGUGGAAAUAAAAAGAUGUUACAGCCGUUCUUAUCAGGCCAAGAAACAUCACCCCAGGGGGGCCCACCUCUGGGAGUUCAUCAGAGACAUUCUGCUCAACCCUGAGAGAAACCCGGGGCUAAUCAAAUGGGAGGAUCGGACAGAGGGCGUGUUCCGCUUCCUGAAGUCGGAGGCAGUGGCACAGCUGUGGGGCAAGAAGAAGAAUAACAGCAGCAUGACCUACGAGAAACUAAGUCGGGCAAUGAGGAGCAGCUGAAGGGACUUACAUGUAACCAUUUUUCACGGAAUUGCCCUCCUGCCAAAGUGAUCAAGUCAUCACUCAGCCAGUUGAGUGCUACCAUCCAAAUUACCGAGCAGGGAUGCUUGGAGGAAAAUCAUACCUUGGUGUUGUUAUAUGUUAGAAACAUAUUGAACAAAGGGAAAUGCAUGUGGCAGGAAAUAAAUAUUAGUUUCCCAAUUUCAUCUUGAGAUUUACAGUUAGUAAAAAGGAAACCUUGAUUUUAUUGCAAUAAGUUAUCUGUGGUGGAGUGGCUCUGUUCUAGGACCUUUCUACUGUUCCUCAUGCUUAUGUGGAAAACCCUGUAGGCAGAGACAGCACCUCCCUUUCCCCUCCAUGAGCCAACAUGGAAAGGCUCUAUUGCAGGGAGGCAGCAGCAAAGACCCCAAGCAUGGGGAACAGAACAGAGCAGACAGCAGAGACAAUGAAAUGACAGCAAGUAAGGUGGACAACAAACAGGAAAAACAGGACGAGUUGAAGGUGAGUGUGGAGGUGUGGAGGAAGCAACAAUGCCAGCUGUGUCAGUCAAAUUGGGGGCUCUGUAAGGAAUGUGCCAGCUGAGGGGGUGGGAGUUGGCUGAAUUGUCAGCUGAUAUGGGCUGAACUUGACUUUGUGAUCUGCCAGAAUUAACACUAUACUUACUUUUGAGUUUCAGGUUAGAUAUUAAACAAACUUGUGCAAGUCUAUAACAGUGCAUGCAAAUUCCUGCAUAUUAAUGCAAAUAGAAAAACAAAUAGACAAUAAAAGCUUUGUUUCCUGUGAGCGGUCUGGGUCAGUAUGGCACUGUAAGGAAUCCAAUUUUGUGUGUUUCCCCAUUCAGAUUUAGAGACGGGUACCAAAAUAACUGACCUGUACUAUACCAGUUUUUCACACCCUUUGCUUGGGGUACCAAAAUAAUGUAACAGUAACAAAAGGGAGGAGCUAACACACUGCUGUCCAUUGACUGGCUCAUGGCAACGUAGGAACGAGCCAUACAGAAUCUUGUCAAAAAUAAACACUGCAUUUUAAAGAGCCACAUGCAAAGAAUGUCAGUGAAAAGUAGCCAAGCUUGGUCAAAUGAGGAGCUAUAGACUUUCCUGUUGUGAAGGAACAACGAUAUGAUGUCACGCUGUCUAUCUCAAUGAUGUCCAUGUCAACGUCUACCAUGUUCCACCAACUAAACAAAGGGUACCAUUGGCAGCGUAACCAUUCUGAACCAUACCAUAUCAUGCCGUAUUGACCCGGACCGCUCAGUGGACACAAGACGAAAUGAGCAUUUAUCCUUGGUUUGGUCCCUUACUUAAUCUACAGAUGUGAUUUCAGCACAAAUCAAAAACAAGGCCAGAAACACCAGCACUUUGAAACAUUUAACUUUUGAUUGUUGUCUGAUAUGCAGCACCUGAAUAAUUUCAAGUUGUCAGGAUCUGCUGAGGCACCCAUCAUUGGGGUACCAACAGCAACCACCUGGCACUGUAAAUUGUUGAUAGUCAUCAAAUUUGCUGUAUAUUUAUUUAAUGUAUAAAAUCUUACAGAAAACAAACCAUAAGUUAUUCAAUCAGUCCUACAUUACAAAGUAUGACAGUCCAUUUUCACAUCGUGCUAUAAUGUCAAAUACCUUGACAUUAUUCUACACUAAACCCAGUUUGAAGUGAACGCCCUCAUCAGUGCAGCUGUCCUCUCUUACAGAUAUUACUACAAGAGGGAAAUCCUAGAGCGAGUAGAUGGACGCAGGCUGGUUUACAAGUUUGGAAAGAAUGCAAGAGGAUGGCGUGUCUCAGAGAUGUGAAAAUUUCAUUAGUGUAUGUUUUAUGAAAAUAUAAUUUUUUAAACUGUAGUUUUCAUUUUUUUUUAAGUAAAAUGUGUUUGAAGUGUUUGCACAUUGUUGAUUUUGUUGAUAUUAGCUUUUUGUUGUUGUUAAUCGCUUGCUUUGUUCUGCAGUGCACUGAAAACAUCAUUAAGGGCCCCUUCACACAUAACAUGAAUAAAUAGGAAUCAGGGUGAAUCAGGUCGAAACAGCCCACACAGAAACACUGAGGCGACGCUGGGAGGGACACACAGUCAGGCAGGCAGGAACACAGUGCAUGCCGCUGGAGCAUGUCGAACCACAUCACGCAGCUGCUGUGGAAAAAAAAAACAUGCCAACCACAGGA